GUGUUUGUCUCUGUAACACGUGCCGACACACAGACAGAUCCAGGUGUCCGCAUGCAGUGGGCAGUGAGACCAUGAGAGAGGUGGAUGUGGAGGGGCCGUGUGCGACACAUAUGUGCAUGCUCUCUCGGUCACACUCUUGGAUUACCCUGCUGGACGGUGAGCGGUCAGUGCAGCAUCUCCUGGGAGACGCCACGGGCCUGGGUGUGGGGCCGAACACAUCCCGGCGUUGAGUCGCCAUGACAACAGCAGCGUGGUACCACCGGGACAUCAGCCGCGUGCUGGCGGAGGACCUGCUGGCCCGCGCCGGACGAGACGGCAGCUUCUUGGUGAGGGACAGCGAAUCCGUGCCGGGAGCCUACGCCCUGUGUCUGCUGUUCCAGCGGCAUGUCCAUACAUAUCGUAUCCUCCCUGAUGCCGAGGGACUAUUGGCUGUUCAGACAUCCCAGGGAGUGCAGGUGAACUGCUUUCGAACCCUGAGUGACCUGGUGUUGGGAUACCAGCAGCCUCACAAAGGCUUGGUCAUCCCCCUUCUCUAUCCAGUAGGCCCUGAAGUAGAACCAGGGGAGGAGAGCUCAGAUGGUGAUGACGAGAAGCCGGCAGCUGGCUGGAUCCCCAGUGGGAACUCUCCUGUCUCCACGGCGCCCCCUGCUGCUCCACCAGCUCCAGUGCCCCUGACCCCCCAGCAGCUGCUCCUCCAGAGGCUGCAGGACAUCACCACACCCAGUGUGGCGUCAGAGGUGGUCAGCCUGCUGGUGGAGUAUCUGCACGGGGACCUGGGUCAGGACCUGGACGCUCUGAAGAGAGGAGGCAUCAGCCUGCAGCACCUCCAGCGCACCCUCAGCACAGUGUGCCACGGCCUGAGCAGUGAGAUUGACCACACCUUAUCCAGCUUAGAGACUUUGGCCAAAGUGUUUGACCAUCCCAGCUGUCCCCUGUCCUGCCAGCGACCUCAGAAUGUGGGCAAGUGGUCGGAUUUGAGCCUGGAAAGUCUGCUGUUCAAGAUCUCUGCUCUGUGCAACCUGUUGUCCACUUUGGAGAAGAGGGUGUUGAAAGCUCUGCAGGAUGCUGUAGUCAAUCACAACCUGGCAGUGCAGCCAGCUCCUCCUCUGGCUCCGGCCCCGUCUCAGUCUCCUGAAGUCACCCCCCCAGUGAAAAACCACACACCUCCCAUACCGGUGCACAGCUUUCAGGUGAAACUGGUUCGGUAUGGACGGAUGGUGGUGUCUGUGGAUGUGGACACAGGAGUGCUGCUGUUUGACAGGAAGUCUGCUUCCAUUGGUGUGGAGACAGUCACACAGGAUAGAAUUUUACAGCUGAUCAAGUUCCAGAGCAGUCCAGCCAAGCUGAGGAUGGUGGUGGACAGUCAUCAUAACACCCCACGAGAACUACUGUUUGAGAGUGCAAAGAAACGAGAGGCCUUUUGCCACCUCCUCCAGCUGAUGAAGACCAGACACCUACAGCAAACUGAGCCUGACGUCAUCUCUGUCUUUGUGGGCACUUGGGACAUGGGGGGCUCCCCUCCUCCACGAGGCCUGCAGUCCUGGCUCACGUGCUGUGGCCUCGGGCGGACCCCAGACGAGUCCACCGCCGCCCUGCCUCACGACAUGUAUGCGGUGGGCACGCAGGAGAACCCGCAGGGGGAGAGGGAGUGGGCCGAGCACGUGCGGGCCUCCCUCAGGAGCGCCACCAGCAUGGAAUAUAGACAGGUGGCAGUGCAGUCCCUGUGGAACAUCCGCCUGGCUGUGUUUGUGAGACCAGAGCAUGAGAAUCGCAUCACUCAAGUGAAUUCAGCCAGUGUUAAGACAGGCCUUGGGAAUGCAUUGGGAAGCAAAGGGGCGGUUGGAAUCUCUUUCCUCUUCAACGGAACCUCCUUCGGCUUUGUAAACUGCCACCUGACCUCAGGCAGUGAGAAGGCCCUCAGGAGAAACCAGAACUUUCUGGAUGUCCUGAGGCUCUUAUCUCUAGGUGACCGGCAGCUCAGUGCCUUUGACAUCAGCCUGCGUUUCACUCACCUCUUUUGGUGCGGGGACCUGAACUAUCGGCUAGACCUAGAUGUGCAGGACAUCCUGAAGCACGUGUCCAAGAGAGAGUUCGACGAGCUCAUGUGUGCUGACCAGCUGACACGUGAGCGUCACAGGAGGAAAGCCUUCUUUAACUUCAAGGAAGAGAAGAUCACGUUUCCCCCCACCUACCGCUAUGAGCGAGGAUCCAGGGACUGCUACCUGUGGCAGAAGUACAAGACCAGUGGGGUGCGUAUUAAUGUGCCGUCUUGGUGUGACCGAGUUCUGUGGAAGUCCUACCCGGAGACACACAUUGUGUGUACCUCAUAUGGCUGUACUGAUGACAUCUUCACGAGUGACCACUCUCCUGUUUUUGCAACAUUCCAAGUGGGGCUGACCUCACCAUUCUUCAGAGCAGACUCCAACCCCAGUGUGGAGAAGGCCUGGAUUGAGGUGGAGAGUGUGGAGGCCAUAGUGAAGACUGCCAGUAAAGCAAAGUUCUUCAUUGAGUUUCAGUCCCUCUGCUUGGAGGAAGUCCGGCGCUCAAGUGAGAAUGACUCUCAGAGCUGUGAGGUCCCGGGGUUCCUCAAACUGGGCUGGCUGGCAAAGCAGCUUCCCAAGCUUCAACCCAUUGUUUCAGAUAUGGAAUAUCUUCGGGACCAGCAUCUACUUCUGUCAGUCAAGUCAUGUGAUGGUUUUGAGUCGUAUGGCGAAUGUUGUGUAGCUCUGCGCUCCCUCAUUGGCAGUGUGGCAGAGCCCUUCGAGACCUUCCUCACGCACCGUGGCGAGGAGAUCGGAUCCAUCCGGGGACGGGUGCGAGUCCAUGUGCCCGUCGAGCGUCGGCAGGCCCGGGAGCGGAUCUAUGAGUGGUUCUGCUUUGAGAAAGACGAGAAGGGUCUGGUGAGGGGUCGCUUGUCGCCUCAGCCAGCUCGUGGAGUCCAGCCCCGAGCAUCGGCACCUCCCAGGACUCCAGUAGCACCAAACAGCUACACCAACCCAGCCUACUUCAUGUUUGAGGGAGUGCCGGUAUUGCGACGCAAAGAUGAAGAGGCUCACCCCCGCAAGGAACCUCAGGGGGUCUGGGCACGAGAGUCAGUGGUGCAGCUGCCGAGGGUGACUGGGGGCAAUGUGCCGGACAGGAAGCCGCCCCGCCGGUCAGACUUCACAGAAAUCGAGAUCCCCGGUUGCCUUCCCUCUUACAUGCCCCCCUGUGACCGCACCUCUCAAUCGUCCCCGCAACAUGGCACAUCUUACCAGCUGUUCCCAACCAAACAGCCCCCGCCCUCUCUGCCCACCUCAAGCAGUGUACCGCCACCGAAAGACUACCACCUGCAGUCACGCAUCAUUAAGGCCGGUGGGGCUAUGGAAGCCGUCAUUCCGGUGAAGAACCUGAGGAACAUGUACAUGAAUCACGCUGCCAUCACCAGGGAGAUGCAGAGACCCAGUCAGAAAGAACCGGUCAGAAAGGAGCGUCCCAGGAUAAACCCAGAGCGAACUACCCCGGGCCGCAACGGGCCUCCCCUCUACCCCUACAUGUCCACGCGGGUGCCCCGCUGCGAAGCCUCGGCCCCCUGGGUGGUGGAGCCGCCCCCUGGGCCCUGCGGAGACCACUCCCUCACGGCUCUGCAGAUUGCCAAGUCCCUGAGUGAGGUCGACUUCCAGCCAGCAGAGAGCAAAAGCAAGUACCAGCCCAGCCACAGGCCCAAGCAGCACAGGAACCAGGGCAACCAUCCAGCACCGGCCACGGAGGCCAGUUACUGCUGGGAGAAAGAGGUUUCUGUCCUACAUGGGGCUCCAGAGACUGUGCAGGACCUGUUGAGCACCUUGGGCUUACAGCGUUACACACUGGGGCUAAGUCUCAACGGCUGGGAUGACUUGGACUACUUCAGGGGGAUCACUGAGGAGGACCUGCAUGCAGCCGGAGUGUCCAACCCCUCACAUCGCCGCAGGAUCCUGGAAAAUCUGCCCAAGAUCUGGGACUGAUCACACCAGGCUUUCACCUGAGGUUCCUCCACCUAAUCCCGGAGUUGGUACACGUCCUAAGUGGCAUGUACAUGUAAUUUAUUGUUUUUUUUUUGUUUUUUUUUUACUGAAUAUAAAAUAAUUUUCUUUUGCAUUUCUGCUCCAAUGUAACACAUGAACGAUUUUUUUGUUCAAAUCCAUUCCAUGUCCUUCCUCAAGGUUUGUCUGGUGUGAGCUCUUUCCAGUAAGUGUCAUGCACUCAUGCACACACCUAGCAGUGUUUGCUGUACAUUCACAUGCCUCGUGUCCUCCCACAUCCUAUCUUUUAUGAUGUGAGUUUGGGGCCUCUUUAAAUUAUGAGAUUAUAGUGUCAAACAGACUGUAUGGACACAGAUUGUAAAAAGGCCAGGGAUAUACGUCUCUGGGCCUUAACUGCACAUUGUGUUGCUAUGUAAGCAGCCUCGUCACAUAUGGGGUGGAUCAGGGUCCUUAUAUUUGUCUCACCAUUAACAUAUUGUUUUCACUGUCCUAAAGACAGACUACACAGAACCAUGUUGUUUGUGCUGUGAUUCAGCAUAGUGGCCCUUGGACACCCACACCUUUACAGGAAUGAGGAUUCAAAUGGCUAACUUGGCAUUUGUGGUGCAAUAUUUGUGCCAGCACUGCAGUGAGGUUGAGUGUGGUCAAAUAGACUAGCUGGCAUGUAGUUCAGUUUAUAUGGGCAGCCUGUGAGCCUUUCAACUGACAACUUUAACUUCUCAAUUACUCAACCACAAGAAUUGCCAUGUUCUUGGAAAACAAAGCAGCUUCAGGUCUCUGCCCUAGAAAAUGAAAAAGCCUUGUACAUAUAUUUUGUCUUUGAUAUAUGGAGUCUGUCUCAUAUGAAAAUGUAUGUGUUGGGAAUGGGAAUAAAACUCAAGACUGUAGAGUCAUGUUUGCUUUGGCUUCAUAUAAAACGAUAAACAAUCCA